CUGUGCUUAGCUGGCUGCCUAAAUACUCCUUCAGAGAAAAUGCCUUAGGAGACCUGAUCUCUGGCUGCAGCGUGGGCAUCAUGCAUCUGCCGCAGGGCAUGGCGUAUGCUCUCCUGGCCUCUUUACGCCCCGUGUAUGGCCUGUACACCUCCCUCUACCCGGUCCUGGUCUACUUCAUCUUUGGUACUUCCAAACACAUCUCCAUCGGUACGUUUGCUGUGAUCAGCAUCAUGAUUGGGAGUGUGACCGAGAGGUUGGCACCGGACAGUAACUUUAUGGUAAAUGGCACCAAUGGAACGACAACUGUGGACAUUGAUGAACGGGACGCCUACAGAGUACAGAUAGCAUGUGCUCUCACAGUCCUCACAGGAAUCUUUCAGAUACUGUUGGGUGUGGUGAGGUUUGGUUUCGUGGUCACUUAUCUGUCUGAGCCACUGAUUCGUGGCUACACCACAGGAUCGGCGUGUCAUGUGUGCGUCUCCCAGCUCAAGUACGUGUUUGGGGUCAAACCGGGUCGCUUCAGUGGUCCUCUCUCCCUGAUUUACACUCUGUUGGAUAUUUGUGGGCUGCUACCUCAGACUAAGGUGCCAGAGCUGGUGGUCAGUCUGGUGGCACUCUCUGUUCUAAUUGUAGUCAAAGAACUCAACGCCUGCUACAGCAAGAAGCUGCCCCUGCCUAUCCCAAUAGAGCUCAUAGUGAUCAUAGCAGCAACAAUCAUCAUCCACUUUUGUGGACUUACUAGUACAUACAACAUUGACGUGGUUGGAGAGAUUCCCAGUGGGCUCAAUGCCCCUCGUGCUCCUGAUGCAUCUUUAUUCUCAGCGGUGAUCGGUGAUGCUUUUGCUGUGGCCAUUGUGGGAUAUGCCAUUAAUAUUUCUCUGGGCAAAACAUUUGCCCUCAAACAUGGCUACAAGGUGGAUAGCAACCAGGAGCUGGUUGCCGUCGGUCUCAGUAACAGUAUUGGCAGCUUUUUUCAGUGUUACUCUGUGACUUCCUCCUUGUCUCGUAGCCUCGUUCAGGAGAGCACAGGGGGCAAGACACAAGUUGCAAGUGUGAUUUCAUCUAUCAUCGUGCUGGUCACAGUUUUGAAAAUAGGUUCUCUCUUUGAGGAUCUCCCCAAGGCUGUCUUAUCCACAAUAGUGUUCGUGAACUUAAAAGGAAUGUUUAAGCAGUUCAUGGACGUGCCUCUGCUUUGGAAGACCAACAAGGUUGAUUUGCUGGUGUGGCUGGUAACAUUCACAAGCACCAUCCUGCUCAACUUGGACUUGGGUCUGGCCGUCUCCGUUGUCUUUUCCAUGCUCACUUUCAUCUUCAGAACACAACUGCCUCGCUACUCUAUCUUAGGCAAUGUGAAGGGCACCGACUUGUAUCUGGACAUAGACACCUACAAGGAGGCCAAAGAGAUUCCAGGAAUUAAAAUCUUCCGUUCAUCCACAACUAUCUACUACACAAAUGCUGACAUGUACUUGGAGGCCCUGCAAAAUAAGAGUGGAAUUGAAAUCGGAAAGCUGCUGACAGCAAAGAAGAAACGAGAUGCAAAGAUGAAGCGUGAACAGCAGAAAGAGAAAAAGAAAGCUAAAAAGGAGGAAAAGAAACAAAAAAAAGGGGUCGGCAACCUGUCCAACAGCACACUGCAGUCUGUCUCUGCAGGAGUGAAGGAACAGAGUCAGGGAAAUGGUGUCGCCUUAAGCUUGAAAGAAACCUCUUCAAAUGGUCUCAGUAAAGGCCAAGUAAACUGGGCUUACAAACAUGACACAGCAAUGUCAGACUCAGAUUCAGACACAGCAUGCCAUGUUUAUGACAGCAUCACCCAGGUGUCGCACCAAGGUGAUGUUGAGAAGGGAAGGGCCUCUGGCACGCACAGCAUUAUCUUGGACAUCUCAACAACCAGCUUUGUGGACACAGUCACUGUGAAGACCUUGAAAAAUACGUUCAGGGACUUUGGAGAGGUUGAUUUGGACGUCUAUCUAGCGGGCUGCCAAGCCUGUGUUGUGGAGCAGUUGGAAACAGCAGGUUUCUUCUCAGAGUCCAUCCCAAAGAGCAGACUGUUUGUCACAGUUCAUGAUGCAGUGCUACAUAUUCUCAAGAAGAUGGGACGGACGGACUUCAUCCUUGAUGUUUCCUGCAACACCCGGAUGUGACCAGCAGGGGUCAGACUGUUCCAGCUCUCGCCAUCUCCUUCCCCAUCCUCCUCCUCUCAUACUGAUGGCUGCUCCAUUGGUCACAAUUGGUUGUCACUGACUCCUCCCCCUUCAGUGGGGGAAAAUGCACCACCUUGACACGGCGGCCUGUUGCCAUGGAAAUACAGGGAGCCGUUGCUGUGGCAACAGGCUUUUUAUGAUAUCGUCUAAUGAGAUAGCCAGAAAUACGUCAUUGCAGCUCUAUUGCUGUGGUGUGUGUGAGAGACAGAGAAGGGGCGGGGGUUGAGUGGGAGAAUGUAACACAGGACUAAUAGGAGUCUGUAUUUAUAGCCUGAGUGAGAGAGUAGAGAGAGAGAGAGAGAGUGAAAGGCUGACUGUAACUCACUAAGGUGAAACUCAUAGCUGAAAGAUGUCGUGAAACAACGGCGUUUGCAUGUGUGCGAGUCUGUCUGUCUAUAUUCCGCUGUCUUGGCCUGCUGUUCUUUCAGAGUAAGAAAAGGCCAAAUGUUUUCCAUGAUGAAUCAAUAAAAUGUAAAUAUUUGUCAUUGAUAUGGCUGAGCCAUUCCCUCUGGGAGGGGUUCUUAAUCCGUACAAUACCAUUAGUUUGCACUAAAAGAUUGCAAGACUCAGUUGAGUUGUGCAUUGUUAUAUGUAGGUGUUACGUUUAAAGAGUAGCAGCUUUCAAUCACAGUGUGGUUGUAUUUAUAGUCAGAAUUCACACAUCUGUUUCCCCUGACAUCUUGAGUGCCUUUAUAUUUCUGGGAUCCUGCGUCAUGUUAUCAUCUGAUAUCACUAUUAUCUUCUAGCAAAACACUGUAUUGUAAUAUUUCCCAGGUACAACAUAAAUUUGGGUCGGCUACCUAAAGAGAUUUGCACUGAGCCAUACAGUUCUACAUGACGAGUGCAUUCAUGUAGUUUAAUAGAUUAGAAAAAUGUGUUUUCUGAAAGCAAAUAUGUUUUUCAGCUGACUUUCAGUGGGAUGUCAGGGCUUCAGUCUGCAGAUAACACUGGUGUGUGUGCCAGGGAUCCCUUUAAUUAUUUGUUUCUUGGGUUAAACACUCCACUGUAAAAUGCCAAGUGAACUGAAUGAAUUUAAAAUAAAUUACAGGACCUGCAUAUUUCCUGUUUGUCAGAGUGGGCUGCUCAAAAUUCAGCUCACCAACUGAUUAAACUUCUAGUUAGUAGCUUUACAAAGCUGAAAUUAUUUCAAAAUGUCUGUUUUUUAAAAAUACAAAUUUAAAGGUGUAAUAUUUUUCUUGUGAGUG